GAAGGUAUGAUUCGAGAUGUCGUGGCUGAUCUUCACACUGCUGUCGCCGGCGCCCUCGGAGCGUGAAGGAGUGACUGUCUCCGUCUGUGGACAUCGGUGUGUGCUCUGAACAUCCUUGUGUGAACCUGGAGCUGGAACAGAAUUAUUAUAAAUGGAGGAAAGACAUUGGAGUUAGGUGUUCACUGUCUCGAUGAAUCCACCAUGCAGCUCGCAAGUGUUUAGGUGAACUUGGGUUACCGCCAUCUUGUGCUAAAAUGGCGAGGAAAGAGCGUGUGGAUAGUGCAGUGUGCUCUUCGCUGAUGUGAGACGAGAAAGCAAGAAAAGGAGAAACACCUUCGUGACACCGGUGGAAUAAACUAGCAUUUAAAAAGACACUGACAUAAACAGAACAGUUGCAAGCUCCUGAGUUUAAGGCCACCCGAAACCAUGGGAAAUCCUCUCCAGUUAGUCGACAUCGAGGAGCUAUUGAGGGAUUCUGCGGAAAGGAUCCUGGACAACGAGUUGCGCAAGAAAGCAGAUUUGGAACAUCCUGACAUCAACUGGGACAGGAUGCACGUGACACACAGUGAGACGCAGUACACCGAUUCUCAUCGCUCCCCGAAACCCACGGCGCACGUGCUUUUCACGGCCAACUUCAGCAACGACACCCCCAACCCCCAGCGCUACACUCUGCGUACCGAGAGACGCACGAAGUCCACGUGCAACAUAGCCCUGUGCAAAACUUACACCAUCGGUGCGCACGUGGAGAUCAAGCUGACACCGCCUAAUCCAAUCAUCGAGGCGAACGCCGGUUUCCAUGGCGAAAUGUCCAUGUCAAAGGGCAUCAACGAGACGUUUGAGCAGGAGCUGGCUUGGACCGUUGACAAUGAAAUCCAAGUGCCACCAGGUCAUGUGACCAAAGCUGACCUCGUCAUCAAGGAAGACGAGUUUGACGGCGAGUUUACAAUCGAGACCACGUUCGAGGGCACGGUAGCUGUGACGUACGAAACGAAAAAGCAGCCGCGUGAGCACGUCAUGACUGUGGUGCGCAACGUCAAACAGUUCCUGACGAAGGAGAAAGGCUUCAAGUUGGACGACGAAGGGAGGCCCGUCUACGUCACCCGCGGCAAGUGCAAGUGCCGCUUCGGAAUAGAGCAGAACGUUCUCCUCAAGCAGCUCUCGCUUCCCGAGUGCACAGGCAUCGAUGACGUAGCACACUAGAUGUAGUUCCUCAUCUGUCGAAGCCCCUCGAAAACGCUUGUCAAGCUCAAUUUUUCGAGAACGCUAAAUAAUGUGUUCCAUUGCUGCUGUUCGCUUGCUUCCAAGGACGUGUUCACAACUGAGUAACCAAAGCAGAAGACUGUUAUAAUAAUAUUUGUGUAGCUUACCUAAAUAAUAAUAAUACUUAUUAUUAUAUUUAUUUCUUUUGAUUGAAUGUACUUAUUUUGGGACUGCUCAGUAACAUUCCUUAUAUGUAAAGCCGUUAAGCCGAUUACAGAGGACGAGAAGGUCACCGAGAAAUGAUCUAUGACAAUUCAAGAAAUAAAUUAAAUGAAUAAGA